AUGGACAAAGAGGAAGAUGAAACAUCACCUACGCCAUCUACGCCUUCUACAUCGAUUUUACCGAGUCAGGGAUAUUACAGUCCAGGAAACCCGUACUACCUACCAUUUAUGUUGCCUCAAAACGCAUAUCCAAAUCCAUAUACAUGCACUUGGGAAACUUCGUCGGAUGUAAAUAAAGUGGCAGAGGCUGAGGAAACUAAUGAAGUAUCUGAUGAUGAUGAACGAGUUGAGGAGCCAAAACCUGGUAUGGAGUUCGCCACUGAUAAAGAGCUUCUUGCAUAUUAUAAGCAAUAUGCCAAACAACAAGGUUUUGGUGUUAUCACACAGAGGACGAAAAGAGAUGCAUCUGGAAAACCGAAGUAUGUGGCAAUUGGGUGUGCACGUGGCGGCAAGUACCAUCUGAGUCACAGUAAUAUCUCGAAGCUGAGACCAACAAUUAAAACAGACUGUAAGGCAAAGUUAAACGCUCACUUGGACAAAAAGAGUGUAUGGGUUUUGACCACUGCUGAGAAUACUCACAAUCAUGGUAUUGUUAGCCCACAUAAGUCUAGAUUUUUUAGAAGUCACAAGUGUUUAGAUGAAUACAGUAAAAGAAUGCUCGAUCUAAAUGACAGGGCAGGUAUUCGAAUGAACAAAAAUUUUGGAGCACUUGUUGUUGAUGCGGGCGGGUUCGAGAAUCUUGAAUUUCAAGAGAAAGAUUGUCGAAAUUAUAUUGACAUAGUCAGACACUUGAGGCUGGGUAAAGGAGGUGGCGAAGCACUUAGUGAUUACUUUAAGAGGAUGAGAAAGAUGAAUGAUGGAUUUGUUUCUGUGAUUGAUGUAGAUGAUGAGCUGCGACUCAGAAAUGUGUUCUGGGCUGAUGCACGUAGUCGAGCCGCGUACGAGUAUUUCAGAGAUGUGAUCAUCUUCGAUACGACGUAUCUAACAAAUAGAUACGGUAUGCCUUUUGCUCAUUUUGUUGGGGUAAACCAUCACGGGCAGUCCAUACUGUUAGGGGUUGGAUUGAUUUCAAGCGAGGAUACAAGUACUUUUGUGUGGUUAUUCCGAGCAUGGUUAGACUGCAUGAAUGGUCAGGCUCCAAAAGCAAUCAUAACAGACCAAGAUCGGGCAAUGAAGAGUGCCAUUGCGAUGGUAUUCCCAGAAACUCGCCAUAGAUAUUGUCUAUGGCAUAUCAUGUGGAAACUGCCUGAGAAAUUGGGAUCUCACUUCCAAUUCAACGCAUGGUUGAAGACUGACAUUCAGAGUGCCCUAUAUGAUUUGCAUACCUGUGAAGAAUUUGAUGUCAAAUGGGGGGAACUAAUUCAGAAAUAUGACCUUGGUGAUAAUGCGUGGCUGGAAGGGUUGUAUACCGAGAGAUCAUUUUGGAUUCCAGCUUACUUGAAAGGUGUAUUCUAG